UAGCGCCACUUUCGUUUUAAAGUUCUCAGAAGUCGGUCCACACAAGUUGUAUAGCUCAGCUGCGUAUCAAGAACAAUAAUUACUGUUUGUCGUUUGUUUAUAAUGCAAUCUUUCAAUCAGAUAAUGUCGUUUCCUGCAAGUAGAGGAUAAUAGGUAAGUCUAGCAGCAAACAUGGCUCAAGCAGACUCCUCCCUGUCCCAGAAUGUAGAACAGGAGCUGACGUGUGCAGUGUGCUGCGAGCUGUACUCGUGCCCACUCCUGCUGCGAUGCAGUCACUCUUUCUGCAAAAAGUGUAUCCAGGAUCUGGUGAAGAAUGAGGAGGACUACAACUACGGCACCCUCGCCAUCAGCUUCAAGUGCCCAGUCUGCCGGGCCAACACCACCAUCAGAUCAGCACGUGGUAUUGACAGCCUACCAGAAAAUUUGUCUUUAGCCAAUUUGGUAUCUGUUUUGAAGACGGAUGAAGGGAGAAGGGCUUUAACAGCAACACGACAAGUCCCGGCGCUAGACUCGUCUGCGUGUUGGAAACACCCGGACAACAAACUAUAUUUGUUCUGUCUUGACUGCAAAAGGGCUUUCUGCGCUGCCUGCCCUACGCUGACAUGUCACUCUCAGCAACACAGGGUGAAGCCUCUGGAUGAUCAUUGGAAGACUACAUGGGAAAGUCUAGUAGCAUUGUCAAGUGAAGUGGGAGAACGCAUGUCAUCUAUGAAUGACAGGAUACAGCUCCUGGACGAUCAGCUGGAGGCAGUGAAUCGUGAAGAGGACACUGCUAAGAGUGAACUGAAGGCUGAGAUAGAGGUACUGAAGAGCAUCCUGAUGUCUCGACUGGCCAAGUUGAACACGGAUCUCCACAGCGAGGUUCAGGACAUCAAGUACCCACUGACCCACGACAGGCAGAAGUGCUCGACCAUACUGGACGGCAUGGAUCGUCUCAGCAGCGAGAUGCAAGAACUCCACAGAUGCAACAGCGGAGUGAAGUCAGUCAAGCGUAUCACCGAGUUGGAGAAGGAGAUGUCGUCUCUGGUCAGACAGGAGUCACGUGACAUGCUCCAGCAGGCCAUCCCUGUUGUGACGAUGCCCACAUGGAAACUGCUCAGAUACACAGCUGAAGCUGACAUUCGAAAUCUGAUAGUUCGCCGGACAGACCCUGUUGCAAGUGAGUCUGUCAGCCGAGUAGGCGUGUCCUCUGCCAGCCCCAUGAGGACUUCUCCAGACCACGUCCAACAGUCACGCAGCAGACGAGGAGAACUGGACACGGAUGUCAGAAUGUGGACCUCUCCCACCUCACAGCCCAAACCUUCAGGGCAAAUAUCAUUUAGGUCAAAGUCUGGUGGCCAGAUAGAUACUCCACUGGGUCGACUUGCAGCACAGCGUUCCAGUGUAACAUCGAGUGCAUCGCUGACGACAUCCUCUUUGUCAACACUAUCAAAAGGUUUGUGGAUAUCUGUAAGAGGGGCUGCAACAUCUAGUCCUAGAGAAGACUCCAGUGCUAGUGCAUCCUUCCCAUCUGCCUUCAGUGAUUGCUACAACUCUAUCGAGACAUCGCUAAAGAAACUUGAAGUGUCAGUAAAACACUGUACCUAUGAAGGAAGUGAACAUGUAGCCAAGAUGUUGAAAAAAGAAACAAGUGGAUUCAAAGGAUUUCAAAGAACCUGUCCAAACAGUUUCAGUUUUGGUUCUAGGACAACAUCUGGAAUAGGUCAUAACUCAGGGACAGGUCCAGCGUGUAGCAACUCCACAGUGCUUACUGCACAGAAGCAGUUGGCGAGUACCACUGCAGCACCAACCAGCUCAGUUUCUUUCUUUGGGAGCUCAUCAUUUUCUCCAGCUGCCAAUGAAAUAGAUUUUUCCGGAAGGGGUAACUCAUUCUCGCCAAGGAGACAGAGGGUAGCAGUAAGAAGUAGAUACCCACGAACAGGGAGAAAUUCAGGAUCCAAGAUGGACUUUACUAAUGGAGAUCCUUUCAGUACCAACUCAGCCCCAGAAACCCUCUGUUCAAAUCCUAAUACUUCAACCCUUGGAUCUAGUACUCAACCAGUUCAGCCUAAUGUAUCAGCAGGUCUGUCCAAACCAAGUACAGGAACCAAAUGGCCCUUCAAUGCAGACAUUACUUAUAGUGGUUCCUUCAACUUUAAUGCUGCAGCAGUGACUCCACAUUCAGGCCCUGGGAGAUCAACUUCCACUACAAUACCCCACUCUCCUGAACAGUCUGCCCCAGAAACCCUCUGUUCAAGGCCUAAUACUUCAACCCUGGGAUCCAGUACUCAACCAGUUCAGCCUAAUGUAUCAGCAGGUCUGUCCAAACCAACUACAGGAACCAAGUGGCCCUUCAAUGCAGACAUUACUAAUGGUGGUUCCUUCAGCUUUAAUGCUGCAGCAGUGACUCCACAUUCAGGCCCUGGGAGAUCAAACUUCACUGCAACACCCCACUCUCCUGAACAGUCUGGGAGAAAUAUCGUAGAUAUGGACUUUACCAGCAGUGAUGCGUUGAGACCCAUAGCUCCCUCAGGAGUGUUUUUUACCCUUCCGGAAACAGCAAGCCAGCAAACCAUUAGCAUUGGAACACGCGAGUAUUAUGUCCCAAGCAUGAACUCACUCUGGACUUAUGGCUGUUAUUUAGAUAACACUGUAACAGUGAUGUCACCAGGAUAUGGUAUACCACUGUCAACAUCUGUCUCCGUAGGCUCAGGAAUUCAGCCUCUGGCCUUCACAGCACACCCCCGGUCAGGGAAUCCGUCGCAUGCUGCAGCAGUAUUUGAAACAAGCGCUGCAGCUCAGAGUUUUGAAUCUUACAAAAGUAGUUGUAAUGAAACUAUUUCUGAAGUCUCAUUACAUCAUAACUACUCUGCUCCAGGUGAACCAACGACACAUGUCCCCAGUUCAGCAACAGAAACCCUCAGCUUUACUAAAACAGCAACACUGUAUUCCAGUACUGCAACACCGACACAAGUCUCAGAUUCAGCAACAGUAACUCUGAAUUCCAGUACUGCAACACCGACACAAGUCCCCAAUUCAGCAACAGCAACUCUGAAUUCCAGUACCGCAACACCGACACAAGUCUCCAAUUCAGCAACAGCAACACUGAAUUCCAGUACCGCAACACCGACACAAGUCUCCAAUUCAGCAACAGCAACACUGAUUUCCAGUACCGCAACACCGACACAAGUCCCAAAUUCAGCAACAGCAACUCUGAAUUCCAGUACCGCAAUACCGACACAAGUCUCCAAUUCAGCAACAGCAACACUGAUUUCCAGUACCGCAACACCGACACAAGUCUCCAAUUCAGCAACAGCAACACUGAAUUCCAGUACCGCAACACUGACACAAGUCUCCAAUUCAGCAACAGCAACACUGAUUUCCAGUACCGCAACACCGACACAAGUCCCAAAUUCAGCACCAGCAGCUCUGAACUCCAGUACUGCAACACCGACACAAGUCCCAAAUUCAGCAACAGCAACUCUGAACUCCAGCACAGUGAGGGCAGAGCAGAGAGUCAUUGAUGAACCAGAGGUCAGUGAGGAGAAUCCUUCUGUGAUGUCCAGUAGUUCUUGCAGUGCACAGCCCAUUGACAGCAGGUGUUCAACUCCAUGUCAGGAUGAACGCCCCCCUUGUCCCAACAUUUCCCUAAAAUCUGCUGAUCCUGUCAGUGGAGGAGUCACGAAAGAGGACGAACGUAAAGAUCCAAAUGAAUCUUUCCCAGAAAAGAAGUCUGUGACGGAUGAUGAACUUCUUGUAAAUGAUGAUUGCUCUUCGGUUCAACAAAAACAUGAAAAUCAGAAAAUGGGCAAAAAGAUAUCAAUCCCUGCAGAUGCAUCAUCCACUUCAUCGGCACCUGCUGCAACUGGGGAGUCACCCUCCACCAUGCCAUUUGAUGCCUUUCUGUUCGGACAGACCCCAUCUGUUUCUAGUAAGGGUGACAACUCUCAAGGGAUGUUUACGUUUGGUGAUGCUUCGAGCAUGUCCAGAAAUACAGGUUUCACUUUUACACCUGAAAAUAUCUCUGCAGAAGCUAAAGAAUGUGAUGAACCGACCCAUGUCAUACAGUUCUCCUCCCCAUUUGAUGUCCAGAAAACAACAGGGUCGCAACCUGAAUCUCAGAUUAGGUUUCCUUUUUCAAAGGACAUAAACUUUAGUGACUUCAAGUUUGGAUCGCCAUCUUCUUCAGUGCCCCCCAAAUUAGUGUUUGGAUUCCAUUCACCAUCUGCCACCAAUGAUACAACAUCAACAGCCUUCAGUGGCUUUGGGCAUAAUCAUCCAUGUCCGGAAAAGAAGCCAGGUUUCAGUUUUGGCAGUGUUUCUGGGAAACCUAAAUUUUCUGAUGCUCUUACCGAAGUCGCACAGUGCUCCUCUCCAUCUGAUGUAAGGAAGAUGACGGGGGUGCAAGACGAAACUCAGUUGGAGGCUGCUUCUUCAAGGGACACACCUUCAAACUAGAGUGACUUCAAGUUUGGUUUUCAUUCAACAGCUGGCGCCAGUGAGACCAGGGACACACCUUCAAAUUUGAGCGACAUCAAGUUUGGUAUUCAUUCAAAAGCUGGCACCAAUGAUACAGAGCCAACUGAAUAUGCAUCCCUUGAUGUCACAGUUACAAAUCAAGUCACAUCAGUCUCUUCACCUCCACACGGAGAGGAUGGUGGAGAAUCAUAAUAAGUUUAAUUUUUUUGAAUGAUGUUUUCACUCCUAUUUAUUAAACAUGCUGAUCUAGUAAAGGGUGAAAUAUGUCAUCCAGGAAACAAAUGUGAAGCACGUGGUGUGGAAGAUAUGUGUGAAAAGUUAGACGGUUGUAUCAGUGGAUGAGGCCCUUUAAUUGUUCUAACUUUUCAUGACUUGACUUCUUUAAAUAUUACUAUUCUAGGACUUAGAGGCCAGGCUAAGAGCUCUCCCUUGUAAUUUUGUGAUAUUAUUUCUUUGUAUAGUUUUCCCUGGAAAGGGUUAAAAUUAGAUGGUGGUAUGUUACAUUACACAAACUGUUGCCAUAGUAACCGGUACAGGUGGUAAUGCAUAGAGUGUUACAAUGGGUGAAAUGUUACAGUAAGGUCACGAUAUUAUACGUAUCUUGAUACAUUGGUAACGAUAUUAUACGUAUCUCGAUUCAUUGGUCACGAUACGAUAUGUAUAGCGAUACACAUAUUUAUUUCAAAUCAUGUGGAAAUAUUUCAGAGCAAGUUCAAAAGGAAAAGCUAGCUGUAAACACUUGUUCAUAGAAGGUAUUUUUAGUUGCAACAUUUGACUGACAAAAUUGCUGUAGGGUCAUUAAAAGUGUACCAGUAGUAUAUAAUUUAUUUAAGCAAGUGUAUCUUCUUGGCGCGAUACAGAAAAUAAUGUUGCGUGUAUCAUAUCAUCGCAUGAAGACUCACACUGCUCUGGUGCACCAAUGUAUCAUCUCACCCCUGAGUGUUACACAAGCUAGUACUAAGACUCCUACGAAUGACUUUUACGCUCAAUUUUAGUCUACAUUGUCCAUGUACCUUACAUAAAAUCCUCUCUUCUAGCAUUUAUUUAUGAAUUAUAGGACACAUUAAACAAUAAUUUAGUUGGUCAGAAUUGUUUGAAAUGUACUGGUACCCAAAAUUCUUGAGAGAAAGUUCCACUCAUCAAUAGUAUAUCUAACCUGAUUAAAGUGUCAGGUUGGGAUAUUCUGCUGAUGGUAUUUUCAGCCUGUAGGUUUUGGGAGACAAUUGUACAGGCGCCCGUUCCACAAAGCAAUCUUGGCGCUAAGACGAUCUUAAUUCCAAUUCUUUAUCAUAGACUUACGAUAAUUGUGGCGCUAAGAUAGCUUUGUGCAAUGGGGCCCAGGUCCAGUUUAGGACCAGUCCCUUCUGAUAUCUUGUUAUGUUAUAACUCUUUCUACACUUUGUUGAUAAUAACUUUGGAUUGUUUAGUAAGUGUUUAUUAAUUAUGGUAAUGGAGUCGUUGUUGAUGCUCAUACCCUCAGUGACCAUAGUUACCAUUGACUGGACUUUUGAAGGUUUAGAAAUUGUAUUUAUAGUUUGUGUGGUUGUUAUGAUCAUGAUGAUGUCCUGAUUGCAUAAACAUGAGGAUAUACUGAUGUCUUAUUCCUAGCAUUGCUGGGGCAACAAGUGACUAGUUGUGAUAUAAUGUAAGAUUUAUGAUGGUACUUCUUUGUUACUUUGUAUCAUGUCAUUCAGGAAACAACCCGUGAAGAUCCGGGGUAGAAUAGGUCUUCAGCAACCCAUGCUUGCCGUAAAAGGGGACUAUGCUUGUCGUAAGAGGCGACUAAUAGGACCUGGUGGACAGGCUCGCUGACUUGGUUGA